GUUGAAAUUAAAAAAAUAAAAUAUUUAAAAAAAUAAAAAUUUUUCAAAAAUAUACAAUAACUAUGUUAAUUUAUUUUAGUUUAAAUCUGCUAUCCAAUGUCAAUUACAACAAAAGUUCCUAGAAAUUUUCGUUUGCUAGAAGAAUUAGAAAAUGCUGAAAAGGGAGUUGGAGAUGGCACUAUCAGCUGGGGCUUACAAAAAGAUGACGAUAUGUCACUAACACUAUGGAAUGGCAUGAUUAUUGGGCCUAUUAAAUCACCAUAUGAAAAUCGUACAUACUCGUUAAAAAUGACUUGUGGACCAAAUUAUCCUGAACAGCCUCCUGACGUUAAAUUUGUCACCAAAUUAAAUAUCAAAUCUCUUCAUGUAUUAACAAAUGGUGAGGUUGAUAAAAAUUCAUUACCAUGUUUACACAGAUGGCACAGGGAUUGCUCACUUAAAACAUUGUUGACGGAAAUUAAAAAAACAAUGAUGUCCAAAGAAAACUAUAAAUUGCCUCAGCCCCCAGAAGGUGCAACCUUUUCUUGAAUAUUUUUAUUAUUACUUUAUAAGAUAUAAACAUAUUUAUUUUUUUUAUUGCUUCGAAUCAUUUUACACUUUUAAAAAUUUUAUUAAAAAAAUAUGUAUUUUCUCUUGUUUCAUAUAAUACCAGUUCUCAAAUAAUGCAAUACAUUAUAUCAAAAAAUCAUGUUUUAAUUUAAAUUUAAAAUAUGGUAAUAAUUUAGGGGAUUAAUAUUCAAAUAAUAUUAUAUUAUUUACAAUAUUAUAACCAUUCAAUAACUAAUUUUUUAAAACCUAUCACCUAUCAAAAUAUUAGGAAUGUGACAUUCCAAAUUUUGUAUUAUAAAGCCCUUCACUCAACUCACCAACACCAUACAAAUGUUUUAAUGACUGUUUUAUAUAUACUAUUGUAUUAUACAUUCACAUUAAAAAUUGUACAAUAUUUACUCAUACAUGCUGAAGUGCACUGUUUAGUAUUAUACUAACAAAUUUGAUUGUGGAAAAAUAAUUAUUUGUAUUAAAUAAAAUU